AUGGGAAUAAAAAUUGAUAUGCCAAAAGCUUUUGAUAGAGUGGACUGGGGUUUCUUAAUGACUAUUAUGAAGCAAAUGGGUUUUGAUGAAAAGUGGUGCAACAUGAUCUAUCAAUGCAUCUCAACCUCCACCUCAGCUGUUCUCAUCAAUGGCUCACCUGAAAAAUUCUUCAAACCCUCUAGAUGUCUAAGGCAAGGUGAUCCCUUAUCACCUUAUCUCUUCUUAUUUUGCAUGGAAUCUCUAUCAAGGAAUCUUCUUCAUGCUGAGGAGAUGGGUAUCAUCAAUGGAAUAAAGAUCUGCAAAGCAGCACCACCUAUAAGCCACCUCCUAUUUGCUGAUGAUUGUAUGAUAUUCUGCAAAGAAAACACUAUUGAAGCUCAAAAUAUAAUGCGGUUCUUGCAGAUAUUUGGCAGUACAUCUGGGCAACUAAUCAACUUUCCUAAAUCUGGAGUCUUCUUCAGCAAAAGUACUAAUCCAGACCUCAUUCCUCGAAUCAAUAAUCUUAUGGGAGUUCAAGUGAUUCAGUUAGAUGAUAAAUACCUAGGAUCUCCUCUAUUCACUCAUAGAAGCAAAAUCAUUCUUUCAAGCCUGGGGUAG